AUGUCGGACUCUGUAGACCGCGUCUUCGUCCAUGCCCUCAAUACCGUUAAGCGGAUUCCCCGGACGGGGACCGCGCGCCCUCCCGCCGCCGAGCGCUUGAAGCUCUAUGGCUUGUACAAGCAGAGCAUGGAGGGGGAUGUCGAGGGUGUAAUGGAUCGUCCGAUUGGGAAUACUCCCGAGGUACAUGCUGAGUGUGAGAAGUGGGAUGCAUGGUACGCUCAGCGCGACAUGUCGCGCACCGAAGCCAAACGCCGCUACAUCUCCACCUUGAUCGAUACAAUGCACCAGUACGCAUCGCAAACGCCCGAAGCGCGCGAACUCGUUUCCGAGCUUGAGUUUGUCUGGGAUCAGAUCAAGUUCAAUACUGCUUCGUCGUCUUCUUCUAGUCCCCUUAACACCGUUGGCGUUCCGCACUUAUCGCGCAGUGCUUAUGGGAGUAUAGGGAGUCGGUUGGCGCAGUCGACUGAGGACUUUGAACGUCCUGAUCGGAGGGAUGAUAUUACCACCCGUCGAGAUCGGGAUUCCCGGUUACGGGUUCUCAGUCCGGUUAGCCAGCCCGAGGAAGAGGAAUAUUAUCGACGGAGGCCUAUAGACGAUGAAGAUCAGGAUCCUAAUGACGAUGACGAGGAAGAUGAAGAGUAUGAAGAAGCCCGCGAUAGCUUGUAUGAAGACCAAGACCCAGAUCAGGAACCCGAUCAUGCCAGCACCAAUACCAAUACUAAUACUGAUGCCGACGCCUCACAUCGACAUCGCAAACAUGCCUCUGCAAUAAGCAUAGGCAGCAGUGGUCUUCACCGUCGAGACUCCCAGUCCCAAGGUGAUCCUGUCAACCCCCGGAAUAGCCGUUGGCGCCGUCGAGUCGAGCAGGCCUUAACGAAAAUGACGGCUGAGAUUGCUGCCGUGCGCGAGCAGAUGGAGGCGCGUUCUGUUGCUCAGCGCAGGCGCUCGGGUCUGUGGGCUUGGAUCAAGUGGAUGCUGUGGAUUGCUGUGCGGCAGAUUCUGUGGGAUCUGGCUAUGCUCGGCAUGUUGUUGAUUUGGAUGCGGUUGCGUGGUGAUCGUCGUGUUGAGGCUCGGCUUAAGACUGGCUGGGCUGCAUUGAAGGCUCGGCUGGGGAAGCUGAAGCUUAAGAGGGUUGAUAUGCCUAUCUUGCCUUGA